UGGAGCGGAGGGGUCCGGACGGAAGGGCGCUAAGACCCGGUGCUCCGCGCGGAAGAAACAGCAGGGAGGGUCCGCACGAGCUGGUUGAAAGGUUGACGUUUGUGCGCCGGAGGAACGGGGCGCAUCUCCUGGGUCAGGCAGGGCGCGAGCCGAGAGCGCGGCGGGGCAAGGGAGCUGCGCAGAAGAGCGUCCGUGUCUGCUGCUCAUCGCGCCUUCUUCAUUCCCCCAGGCAUGACCGGGACCAUGGAGAGACUCAGCGUGUUGGAUCAACUCCUUCCAGAGCUUAAUGUACUACUUAAGUUGUUGGACCAUGAAUACUUGAGCUCUACCACAAUGGAGAAGAAAACAGCAGUCUCGAACAUCUUGCAGAAACUGCAGCCCCCCACAGGGAAGGAGGUAAAUUACAUGUAUGUGAAUACAGCAACAUUACACAACGGCACCAGCUUUGUGGAGUCACUUUUUGAAGGAUUUGACUGUGACCUGCGUGACCUUAAGGAUAUUCAAGAAGAUGAUGGGGAUGCUAAAGAAGGCAUCAACUUGAAGCUUUCCAGGAGUCAGUCAGCUAAAAAUGUUUCUGGAGAGCCACCUCCACCAUUGCCGACGACCCCUCCCCCUGAAGAUUAUUAUGAGGAAGCACUGCCACUGGGCCCAGGCAAAACCCCUGAGUACAUCACCUCCCACAAUAGCUCCAGUCCCCCCAACUCAAUAGAAGAUGGAUAUUACGAAGAUGCAGAUAGCAACUACCCUGUCACCCGCAUGAAUGGAGAACAGAAGAACUCGUACAAUGACUCUGACGCCAUGAGCAGCUCCUAUGAGUCUUACGAUGAAGAGGAAGAGGAUGGGAAAGGUCAGAGGCUAACACACCAAUGGCCAUCGGAGGAAGCUUCCAUGAACCUGGUGAAGGACUGCAGGAUUGGUGCUUUCCUGUUGCGCAAGAAGCGCUUUGGGCAGUGGGCCAAGCAGCUGACUGUCAUCAAGGACAACAGACUCCUAUGCUAUAAAAGCUCCAAGCAUAGACAGCCACACCUUGAGGUGUCCCUCAGUGUCUGCAAUGUUGUCUAUGUGCCGAAGGAUGGACGCCGCAAAAAGCACGAACUGCGCUUCUCGCUGCCAGGAGCUGAAGCUCUGGUGUUAGCUGUGCAGAGCAAAGAACAAGCAGAAGAGUGGCUGAAGGUGAUAAAAGAAGUCAGCAGUUCUAAUGGGGGUGAGCUGAAUGGAACAGAAAUCCCUACAUCUCCUGUACUUACAUGUAAGGUGGACCAUGACAAGAGGUCAUCUCAGGACAAGCAAACAUCUGAUUCUGACAGUGUGGCAACCACAGAGACCAGCUCUUCUGUGACUCGGAGGGAAGCUCAUGAGCAGGGGAAGGGCAAGAAGAGUGGUUUAGCCGAAUUAAAGGGCUCUGUGAGUCGAGCAGCUGGGAGAAAAAUCACCAGGAUAAUUAGCUUUUCCAAGAAGAAGCCAUCCCCUGAGGAUACCCAGACAUCUUCUACUGAGGAAGACAUCCCCUGCUGUGGCUACUUGAAUGUUCUGGUUAACCAGUGUUGGAAGGAACGUUGGUGCCGCUUAAAAGGCAACACACUUUAUUUCCACAAGGACCGCACUGACUUAAGAACCCAUGUGAACGCCAUUGUCCUACGGGGCUGUGAGGUGGCACCAGGGCUGGGACCCAAGCACCCCUUUGCUUUCCGCAUCCUUCGCGGUGGACAAGAAGUUUCUGCCCUUGAGGCAAGCAGCUAUGAAGAUCUGGGCCGCUGGCUUGGGCUUUUGCUUGUCGAAACUGGUUCCCAGACGACCCCUGAGGCCUUGCAUUAUGACUAUGUGGAUGUGGAGAAAAUAGCCAACAUAAUCAACGCAGUGAGACACUCCUACCUGUGGGCCAGUUCCUCCUCCCUUGAGAACCAAACAGAUGCUUCCCGAGUGUUGUAUGAUGAAGUCCCAUAUGAGAAGGUGGAGUUGGAAAAGUCAGGGCGGCCGUCAGGAUCCCAGGUGAAGCGCCAUGGUUCCUCUUGCAGUGAGAAAUCACGCCGUGUGGAUCCACAAGUCAAAGUCAAGCGCCAUGCAUCAAAUGCCAAUCAGUACAAGUAUGGCAAAAACAGGGCUGAGGAAGAUGCCAGGAUGUUCCUGACAGAGAAGGACAAACUGGAGAAGGAGAAGGCUUCCAUCCGGACUGAGCUGGCGACGCUGCGCAAGGAAAAGCGAGAGCUGCGAGAAGCCAUGAAGAGCAGGGCAGGGAAAGAGCUGAAAGAGUUGGAGCUUUGUGUCGCCACCCUGGAGGAACAGUGCAAAGCAAACGAGGCACGGCGUGUUGACUUGGAACUCCAGCUGACGGAAGUGAAAGAACGGCUGAAGCGGUCACUGGCAGGAGGGCCAGCUUUGGGGCUGACUGUGACCACCAAAACGGAAAGCAAAGAGAGUGUCACCCAGCCACAGGGAAACCACCCAGAUCACUUGGUGCCAGUUAACUGUGCAGCAGAGAUGAGGAAACGAAGUCCUUCCCUCCUCCCUGCCAACAAGGGGAAUGUGCUACAGAAAGCCAAGGAAUGGGAAAUGAAGAAAACAUAAACAUUGAUCACUGGGCCUCCAUCCCCAAGGAGACCUGCUUUCAAGCACCGGGACACAUUUGGGAAAGGCUAAAGCAACACCAGAGCCUUUUCAUCCCUGAAGGAGACUGCAAAGGGCUGCUGGGGAAGCUGGUUCUUCAGCAGGGAACACACCCACCCUCCAGUGAAAAAAGGGAUUAACACAUAGAUGAGCUUUUGAGAACUGGUGUGGGUAAUGGGGAGGGAGGCAGGGUGGGGAAAGGGAAUCCUUUCAAGGAUUUUUUUUUUUUUUAAUUGUGUGUUCUCAAAAUACUCCUCUCUGAGUGGCCUAGGAGGAGCGCUUCAAAUAGGUUUGGUAUGCCAGCUAUCUGGAUGGAUGAACUUUGCUCUCAGUGAUAAAAAGCAACAGGAAUGCGGCUAUUUUGGCCUAGUGGGAGGAGAUGAUGAAAUUGUUUCGGAGUCCUCAUUCAGCCAAGUCGGCCAAAGACCUUGGGCAAGUUACUUUUAACUUUCUCACUGAAACUCCAAUCUAGAUGAGCAUUUCUUCACCUCAAGGAAAUGAGGCAUGACACAGAAGUGCCUUGCAAUCAGUCUUCUCAGAGGAUGCUAUUUACAGGCGCGCUGUCAGCCUGUUUCACUGUCCUGCUUUCUGACAAACUAGAUCAGGGCAGCUAGCCCAAAGCAAGACUGUCGACUUGAGGCAGAGACAGUGACAUGGCCAAGUGAAGAUUUUCUCAACACUGAGUCUGGUUUUAAAGCUCAAGCCCUGUCAGCAUUGACCUGUGGGAGAAGUGUUUUGUCAACUUCCAUAGUUGCUCUCAAGCUGCCUUUUAAGGUUUUUAAUAAACACGUCAGGUAACAUCAAUAUCAACAGAAGGGCAUAUAAAGUACUUCUUCCCCCCCCCCUUCAAGGACAGUCUAAAUGUUUUUUUCCGGCCCAGCUAUUGUAGUGGCCUGUUUGCCCAUUCUCCUCUUCUCAUAGCCGCUCAGUAGAAAUGGAGCCCCAUUUGGAACACAUGAGAGAAGAAAGUUAACAAAUUAAUUGAUAAUCCCGGCAGAACUGGCUUCUGCAAAAUGUUUCCCCAGGCCAGAGUUGUUUUUAAAAUGACCAUAGUCUCUGGUGAACUAGACUAGUGCUGAAGGCAAAUCAGCCGCUGGAAUAUACUAUGCGCACUCAGUAAAAGAUAUGCUGUCUUUUUCUUUUUUAAGUAAAAUUCUCUGAUGGAAGAGAUUAGGAAACAGAUUUUUGUAAUGUCGUCUCGAGUUGCCUCUGAUCAGUUUCAGGCUUAUUGAAUCCCUGGAAUUUGAAAAGAACUAAAACCUGAGAGAAGCCUGGAAAAGAGGGCCCAAGGUGAAGGUCACAGAAUAUGCCUUCAGUUAUCCUUCUGUACCAUUCUAGCAGACCAGAAGCUGUAGUGACCUAUUUUUUGUUAAUGGGGGGAGGUGGGUGGGAUGCUUGUCUCUUUCUGGAUUCAUAUUGUGACAUACAUUUUGUUAUUUAAGAAUUGUCUGCACUUUAAGAUCUGGAUCUUCUCUCUCUGCCCCCCCCCCGCAAAAAAAAAUAUAAAAAAAUAAACUUUGUAUAGAGUUUUGUGCAUA